UGGAGUGGGAAGAUAUAUAAAAGAGUAGAUCAACAGUUGGCGAUUCAGUUUAAAAGUCAUCUUAACAUGAAGUGUGUCGUGAUAAUUGCAAUUGCAGUCUGCGUUGGACUAAGUGAGGCCGUAGAUCUCUUCGCAGGUAUAACUCGCUUGAAGAAUGAUGUGACAUCAACGUCCAAUGAUAUCGAACGAUAUGGCAACAAUAUAAUUUUUCAAACGAAAUACAAGUUGAAUAAUUUGAAGAUGAAUGAGAUGCAGAAUGUCAAUAAUGCUGUUGAUAACGCUCUUGCACAAAUCAAAAAUGACAUAGCAGCUGCCAAGAAUGAAGGGAAGAAUGCUGAUCAGUGCUAUGAACCAGCUAGAAUGCAACUUCGUGAUGCAUCAAUGACAGUUUUUAAACAAUUGGACAAGUGCGUUGAGGAGUCAAUUGAGCCUCUGAAUCCUGUCGUCAACAACAUUGCUUCACACGUUACGACCGGGAAGAUGCUGCUCUCUGAAUUAGAUAGAAUCGCCCUGAGCUGUUUGUCAGGUACUCCGAUGCAGACACAGAUCUGCAUAGCCCAGAAGAUGCCACAGGCGAGUGCUACACAUAUUGCUUAA